CAUUGUGGUUAUCAUGCAGUCAUUCACAGCCAAUACCAGAUCGAUCGACAAGAGCAGAGGAACAAAUGUUUUGUCUAUUUGAAAAGUUAGCUGUCAUAAACACAAAUGAUUACUAUACCGUUUAGCUCAGUUGAAGUGAUGAUUAGGUUGUGAGUUAGUGAUGGAGAACAUUGACGAGACACCGUUUCGAAUCACCCGUACCGUUCAAGCUCUGGGCUCCGCACUACGGGGAGAGCCUGAAAAUGUUCCCGAUGCCGGUCAGGGUAGCAGUGACAGAAUCUCGAGUGAGCCGGAGAAGCUUUGGUUUAAAGAAAGCAGCGCUAAGAAUCUCCAAAACAGGGAUUUCUUGUCACCCACUACGGUGCUGAAUACGCUUUAUGCAGACGGACAGGUUCCCCCAGCAGUGAUGGGUAGAGUGCUGUCCCUGAAAGGGUGUGGGGUUCUCCCUGUGGCUGGUGGGGAGGUCAUGGGAGAGGGGCUGAGGGUGCGGGUUGACCGGAUUGCCGCGUUUCAGAAGGUCCUGAGUGGAGUGUCGGCUUACCUGAAGCCUCUUAGCCAGAGACAGGGGGGUGUGGUGCUCAACUGCCCGGCCCUUCACCCCAAACCUAAUUUACCCUCCCCGGACACACUCACGCUGGGGCAACUACGCACCGUGCUGCUGACUGACCACUUAGGGGCGCUACUGAGGAGACAGGGGUUUACUGUGUCCUGCUGCCCUGUGCUGCCUGAAGAUAGCAACAUCAUUGUCUUCCUCCGAAUACUUGGCGUCGAUUGGCCGUCAGUGCCGGUCAGCUGGACCAAUGACGAGAGGGAGGAGAAGAUGUUGGAGGCUUUACAGAAUUCUCCGUACAAAGAAAGAGAGGAGACAGAUGGAGGAAGGCGAGAGAGUGAAGCAAAGAAGAUGGAGGGAGAGAAGGAGUGGGGGACGCUCAGGGUGAACUUGAAGAGGGUGUUUCAGGAGGAGCAGCUGCCAGGGUAUGACCCCAGCCUGGGUACCUGUACAGUGCAAAGAGACAGUGUGUCUCAUCUGGCACAACUGGACAGGGCUACUGCAGACUGCACAGUAUCCACAGCAACCGCGGUACAUGUCACUUCCUGUCAGGAUGAGUUCCGUCAGCAGCAGAUAGCGAUGCUAUGGAGAGCCAGUGGUGCAACAGUGACACAGAGGCAUCUCGUUUGUGGACCAGUGAAGACUCCUGGAAGUCACCUCAGUGCGGCCCAGUAUCUCCAACUGAGAAGAGUGCAGAUGAAGGAGGCCUCGGAGAUGAAGUACGGAGAACAAGUCAAAGGCCAGACUUGGGAUGACAUCAUCAAGGUCAUGACCUCAGCCACUGUGAGGUUUGAGCUGCUCUCAACAGUCCAUAUGAGCCCGGUCACCCUGGACGUGCAGAGGGAAGGCAGUGUGUCCACCAAGGGCCCCAGAGGCGGGGUCUUUGUCAUGUACAACUGUGCUCGGCUCCACACCCUCUUUGACAGUUACGAGCGAGGCAUGGAGAAGGGACUUUACCCUGAAAUCCCAGAGGGCUCCCAGUUGGACUUCUCAGCUCUAAAAGAAGAGGGGGAGUGGCUUCUUCUGUUCAAUUACCUCAUUCCAUUCUCUGAGCUUCUCGACCAAUCAGGACAGGCGUUGGAGUGUGAUGGAGGGGCCAGAGUCAACCUGAAGACUGAACAGAUCUGCAAGUUCCUGGUGUCUCUCAGUAAGGAUUUUAGCUCCUAUUACAACAGAGUCCACGUCCUUGGGGAGCCGUUGCCUCACCUCUUCAAUCAGAUGUUCUGUCGGCUGCAGUUGUUGAGAGCACUGAGAGAGCUCUACCAUCGCGCGUUGGAUACUCUUCACCUUCCUCCCAUCCGGCAGCUAUAGCCACAAAUACCCCAACUGUAGCCCCGAAUAUAGCCCCAACAUACCCCAACAAAUGCCCCGAAUAUAGCCCCAACAUACCCCAACUGUAGCCCCAACAAAUGCCCCCAAAAUACCCAACUGUAGCCCUGAAUAUAGCCCCAACUGUAGCCCCAACAAAUGCCCCGAAUAUAGCCCCAACUGUAUAGCCCCAACUGUAGCCCCAACAAAUGCCCCCAAAAUACCCCAACUGUAGCCCCGAAUAUAGCCCCAAAAAUGCCCCGAAUAUAGCCCCGAAUAUAGCCCCAACUGUAGCCCCAAAAAUCCCCCAACUGUAGCCCCAACAAAUGCCCCCAAAUACUCCAACUAUGCCCCAUGAACUGCCCCAAAUAUAAGGCCUAAUAACUGCCGGAAAUUAUCACUAGCCUAACCCCUACAUGAAAUACACAUAUAAAUGUCACUUUUACUACUGUACUGUAGCUAUUAGGCUUUUAUCCCCCCACCCCACUUAACCUGUGAAGUCCUCUUAUGUAUAUGUGACAUACACCUGGUAUUACACCCAGUCUAUUUACUGUUGAUGAAAGAAACUGUAGAGAUAAUUUGCACCCCUGUGUGAAGCCUUGGUCUCCCCAGACGUAUCACCAGUAUCUCUGAUGCACCACAGAUGCAGCCUCUACCAGAGACCCUCACUGCCUCUGAAACGAUGAACAUCUGCCUGUCUUCGGUCUUCCCUUCUACGAUAUCAUAGAUACUAUUCCGCUAACAGACACUGCCCUAGAGCCAUAGAUACAGUAUUUACACACACUGUAUGUACACCGUGUAAGCACUGCCCCCGUCCUCAUCACUAGAUAUUGCUCCUGGCCACCAUGAGCCAUUUACUGUCCCCUUCUCCCUUCCCCUCCUACUUGAAUAAUACAAAUAUAUAUAUUUCAUUGGAACUGGCUGUGUCAGUAUUAUAUAUAUAUAUAUACAAAUACCCCAACUGUAGCAGUUAUAUAUAUAUAUAUAUUGUGGUAAACCGUGGGGUGUUGGGUUGAGCGUGCAGAGAUUGACACAGAGACGGGGGGCUAUUGUCCACAAAAACAAAUAUAUCAAAGAAAUUGCUCGGUCUUCCUUCUCUCUCUUAACCGGUGUCCGUCUCACUCCCGCGGUGUGCCACCGUGCUCCUUAAAAAAAAAAAAAAAAUAAUGUAUCCGUUAUUUUACCGAGAACACGUUCUCAUUUACAGCAACAACCUGGGGAAUAGUUACAUGGGAGAGGAGGGGGAUGAAUGAGCCAAUUGUAAACUGGGGAUUAUUAGGCAGAUUGGGAAUUUAGCCAGGACAACGGGGUUAACACCCCUACUCUUACGAUAAGUGCCAUGGGAUAUUUAAUGACCUCAGAGAGUCAGGACCCCCGUUUAACAUCCAAUCCGAAAGACUGCACCCUACACAGGGCAGUGUCCCCAAUCACUACCCUGGGGCAUUGGGAUAUUUUGUUUUUAGACCAGAGGAAAGAGUGCCUCCUACUGGCCCUCCAACACCACUUCCAGCAGCAUCUGGUCUCCCAUCCAGGAACUGACCAGGACCAACCCUGCUUAGCUUCAGAAGCAAGCCAGCAGUGGUAUGCAGGGUGGUAUGCUGCUGGUAUUUGGCCUCCACGGGUGGUUGGCACUUUCCUCUAAUCACCUCCACUUAGAGCUGUCCGUGUCGGGGUGCCCACCCUCCCGUAUUCCCAGCAGAGGGAGCCAACGUCGCCUCACGUACCUCCCCUCUAUUACCAUCCCCUGGGGUAGACCUGGGAUACCACAAUAUAUAUAUGGAAUGAUACAUGUGACAUAGACUAACCCACCACCACCACAGUACUUCUGUUGUGCCAAAGUACUAUACAGUACUGUCCCAGAUCCCAGUUUUCCAUUGUCGCUCUGUGCCAUAUCUUGGACUGUUGUUAUUGUGUACGUUUUUUGUGUUUUUAUGGUGACCUGAGCUUUACACGGACUCUCACUCUCUCCCACAAUGUUGUCAACUGUGCAUUGGGCCAAUAUAUUUUCCACCUAGAUCAAUAAAUGAGUGUUGACCUCGGUGACCCCGCUGCCGUGUGUGUUAA